ACUCGAUACGUGCAUCAUCAUAUCCACCUCAAGCUACCCACGCUCUCUUCCCCACCAACAUAUCUAUCUGUCAUACCUUCCAUUCUUGACAGCUCCUAACGCCGAAUUAACCACCAAGGGAUUUUGAUAACCAACCAACUUCAUCCAUCCUGGCGUCCAUCACACGUAUCAUCCGUUCCCUCGUCGUACUACUGCUCAUCUUUCUUUCCAUAUCUGUCAUUCUGGCUACCUCAAGGAUUGGACCCAGACUGGGAGCCUUGUUUAGUCAACUAAGACCUACAAAUAUAAGACCCCUCUGGUCCCCUCUCGCAACCACCAUCAAUCCAACCUCAACACGACUCAUCACUACCGCAACCAUGGCACCUUCUCAAUACCAGAAGCCUCCUCAGGCCCCUCCUCUCUUUACCCACACCGAAUCCCAGAUUGUCGACGAGGCAAAGAGUUUAAUGGACAACUAUCGAAAAAUGCUCGAUGAUAUCGUUGCAAAUGUCAAACCGGAAGAUGCAACAUUCGCAAAUGUUAUCUUGCCGACCGCCAACCAAGAUGAUCUCGAUUCGCUUCAGAUCAGCGUUCUGACUUUCUACCAAGCCGUCUCGGGCGAUUCGAAACUCCGCGAUGCUAGUUCUAAAGCUGAGGAAAUCAUGGAUGAAGCCCAGAUCGAGAUGGCGAUGAGAGAAGAUGUUUUCAAAUUGGUCGAUGCGGUGUACAAGAAGAAAGAAAACUUAGAUGCCGAAUCGAAGAGACUUUUGGAGAAGGAAUACAAAGGAUAUAUCAGAAAUGGAUUGGGGCUUGAGAAGGGUGAGAAGAGGGACAGAUUCAAGGAGAUUAGCAAGAGGUUGGCUGCGAUUGCGACUAAAUUCCAGAAGAAUUUGAAUGAGGAAGAUGAAGGGCUUUGGUUCACAUUGAAAGAACUUGAUGGAGUUCCCGAGGAUGUUAUCUCGGGAUUGAAGAAGGGCGAGGGAGAAAAUGAGGGAAAAUUGAGGUUGUCGUUCAAAUACCCUGAUUUGUUCCCUACGUUGAAGUUCGCAAAGGAUGCGGAAACCAGAAAACAAGUCUUUGUUCAGAAUGAGAACAAAUGUAAAGAGAAUGUGGAAUUGUUCAAGGAAGCAAUUGUUCUUAGAGAUGAGGCUGCUCGAUUAUUGGGAUACCCUGAUCAUGCAAGCUUUAGAAUUGAGGAUAAGAUGGCGAAGACUCCAGCUACGGUCAAUGAGUUUUUGCAUGAUUUGAAACUUCAACUUACGCCAGGUGGAGCUAAGGAAGUCGAACAUCUCAAAGCUAUUAAGAAACAAGAUUUGGAUGCUCGAGGAUUGAGUUCGACAUUUGAUGAUAACUAUUAUCUUUGGGACAAUCGAUUCUAUGAUCGAAUGAUGGUGGAGAAUGAGUUUUCUAUCGACGAGAAUAAGAUUGCGGAAUACUUCCCUCUUCAAUCUACAAUUGAAGGAAUGCUUAAGAUCUUUGAAGAAUUAUUUGGAUUCGUCUUUGUCGAUAUUAGCAGCGAGGAGGAAUUAGCUAAGGUUUCCCCAACUGGAAAGGGUUCUGAUGUUUUACCUCAUCCAGAUGCCAAACUCUUCAGCGUCUGGGAUGAUGAAGGUGAAGGCAGUGGAUUUGUUGGCUAUCUUUACUUGGACUUGCAUCCACGUCCAGGAAAAUACGGUCAUGCUGCGAACUUCGGUAUCCAAUCUGGCUUCUACUAUCCAAAUGGUACAAGAAGAUAUCCUGCUACUGCACUCGUUUGCAAUUUCUCCAAACCAACCGAUAAGAAGCCAUCACUCUUGAAGCACGAUGAGGUUGUUACCCUCUUCCAUGAAUUGGGUCAUGGUAUCCAUGAUCUAGCUGGUCGCACCAGAUACUCUCGUUUCCAUGGUACAAACACUGUGCGUGACUUUGUUGAAGCACCAAGUCAAAUGUUGGAAAAUUGGUGUUGGACUCCAAGUCAAUUGCAAAAAUUGAGUAAACAUUAUGUCACUGGUGAAUCUAUUCCAGAUGAUCUAAUCGCCAAACAAAUUAGCACCAAACAUGUCAACGGCGCCCUUUUCAAUCUCCGUCAACUUCACUUUGGUAUUUUCGACAUGACGGUUCAUACUCCUAAGAACCAUGCAGAAGCUGAAGCAUUUAAAAUCAGCGAAUUGUACAAUGAACUUAGAGCCGAAAUCUGUGGUCUCAAAGGCCCAGAAGCUUUGGGAGCAAAGAGUGAUUGGGGAAAUGGUCAAGCUACUUUUGGUCAUUUGAUUGGUGGAUAUGAUGCAGGUUAUUAUGGAUACUUAUCUAGUCAAGUCUAUAGUGCAGACAUGUUCCACACGGUUUUCGAAAAAGAUCCAAUGGACCCCAAGGAGGGAAGGAGAUAUAGACAUAUGGUGCUUGAGAAGGGUGGAAGCCAGGAUGAAAUGACUACUUUGGAGGCAUUUUUGGGAAGGAAACCUAGUACGGAAGCAUUCUAUAGGGAGUUGGGGUUGAAGGAUGCGAAGAAGAAUUAGAGGGUGGGGAGGCUAAUAGGUGAAGGCUGAUGACAUGGGGGUAGCAUUGCAUUUGUGAUUUAGAGGGGAAGAUUAAGGGAAAGCUGAGAGGGUUUUGGUUGUUGCUAUGAAAUAGUUUGUCACUGUGCAAGCGGAAGUGCUGACUUCAAAUGGAAAAAUGAGAAAGCAUUAUGAUUGUUUAAUCUGGGGGUUGAGGUUCUGGUAAAAUUUGGAAUUAGUGAUGUGAAUAGAUAUCGAUGUGUUGUUUAUGUGGAAGGUAAUGGAUGAGUGAUGUGAUGCAUUUUUGGGCUCGGAAAAUUGUAUUAAUGGGCAUGUUUUGAGUGUUAUUUGAUUAGCAAGUGAGAGUGAGUGAUAGUAGAUGUGGAUGUCGAGGAGACGGUGGGUGUCGCGACAGUAAUCUCCCAUGGCUGACAUUGCGGCUUCCCAGUUGGCGAAUUUGGAUUUGUUGGUGGAAAAUUUUAGAGUGGGUGCUUGGGGAGUGGGCUUUCCGAUGAAGCGCUGGAGAUUGUAGAAUGCGUGGUUGGUGUCGGUCUAGGGGGAAGAUGUUUCAAAUACCAUACAUUCGCAUCCUUUGUAUAUAUUUUUUCCUUUGUCGGGUAGUCCCUGAGAUUGAAAAUCAAUAGUGUAUGAUUUCUAAUAAGCGAGGGAAUUCUUACCCUGCACUUGCUUUUGAGAUCAUCGCCUCUGCAAUUAUCGCAAUAGGAAAUGUCAUCUUUCGGUCGGACAGACA